CACAUUAUUUGUGAUCUUGCAAACUUUUGUGAGAAUGUGCUCAUUUCAUACAUUAAAGUGACGCGAUCGCGGUGCCUUUUUGAGUUCAAAUGAGAAGGCAACAUGCCACACGAAACAUUUUUUAAUGCAAGAUUUUUUAUUGAAUACACUUAUGAACAUUCUCAAAGAGCUUAUACUCAUAUAGUUUUAUAAGGAUAAUUCUGUGAAUAAUUUUUGGAGUGU